AUGUCCCCCUUCACCUACUCUGUCCCAGGGCCAGGUCCAUUCCCAGGAGUGUUGGACCUGCCUGUGAUGUUAAACGGGGUGUCAGAGGUCAGAGCCUGCCUCCUGUCUAACCAAGGCUUCGUGUUGCUCUGUUUGGCUAUAAGGAUCUGCCUAAGCAGGUCACAUACUUUGACCACCUGGAAUACUUUGAGGAAGCUGUGGAGUUCCUCAGUGGAAGACCUGAGGUAAGUGUUUGGAGAAAUGUCUUGUUUUGGAAGACAGUUGACCAGUCUCUGAAACCAGCCCCUAUCCCCAAACCUUUCCUGUCACAUUGUCAGACAUAUGGCAUCUGGGGUCGGGUAUAUGAUACCCUGAUACCCUUCUUGUAGCUCUGAAGAGAUUGAAUGAAUUCAAGCGACGUGGUUGAUUCUCACCAGGCUCUUUCCAGUUGGCUAUAGGUGGGCCUGCAUUUUUACAAUAUUGCUUAUGUAAUACUUUCAGAUCUAUGAGAAGUGUCUAAAGAUAUUAGAUAGAGGUUGAUUUUGGACUGGGCCAAAUUACUCCAAUGGUAGGGAACGCUCUUGUCCUCAUGACUGUUUAUUUCAUGUCCGUACAGUUCCAUGGUUCUGGUAUUGGUGUAAUAUCUAUAUCCAAGAGUGGAGACUUAUAAUAAUAUGGCGACUUACAGUCAUGCGUGCAUACAUUAUUAUUAUUAUUUUUAUUUUUUGUGUAUGGGUGGUCCCGGGGAUCGAACCCACUACCUUGGCGUUACAAGCGCCGUGCUCUACCAGCUGAGCUACAGAGGACCACCUCAUCUACCGGGCAUCUCAGCUACCAUCUCCAUUAACGGCUGUAACUCCAAUGCCUGGCUUCCCGUGCACUACAAAGGUACUGUUUAUCAUACCUCCUCUGUUACCUGAUACAGUGGGGAGAACAAGUAUUUGAUACACUGCCGAUUUUGCAGGUUUUCCUACUUACAAAGCAUGUAGAGGUCUGUACUUUUUAUCAUAGGUACACUUCAACUGUGAGAGACGGAAUCUAAAAUCAAAAAAUCCAGAAAAUCACAUUGUAUGAUUUUUAAGCAAUUAAUUUGCAUUUUAUUGCAUGACAUAAGUAUUUGAUACAUCAGAAAAGCAGAACUUAAUAUUUGGUACAGAAACCUUUGUUUGCAAUUACAGAGAUCAUACGUUUCCUGUAGGUCUUCCUGUAGGCCCACUCCUCCAUACAGACCUUCUCCAGAUCCUUCAGGUUUCGGGGCUGUCGCUGGGCAAUACGGACUUUCAGCUCCCUCCAAAGAUUUUCUAUUGGGUUCAGGUCUGGAGACUGGCUAGGCCACUCCAGGACCUUGAGAUGCUUCUUACGGAGCCACUCCUUAGUUGCCCUGGCUGUGUGUUUCGGGUCGUUGUCAUGCUGGAAGACCCAGCCACGACCCAUCUUACUGAGGGAAGGAGGUUGUUGGCCAAGAUCUCGCGAUACAUGGCCCCUUCCAUCCUCCCCUCAAUACGGUGCAGUCGUCCUGUCCCCUUUGCAGAAAAGCAUCCCCAAAUAAUGAUUUUUCCACCUCCAUGCUUAACGGUUGGGAUGGUGUUCUUGGGGUUGUACUCAUCCUUCUUCUUCCUCCAAACACGGCGAGUGGAGUUUAGACCAAAAAGCUCUAUUUUUGUCUCAUCAGACCACAUGACCUUCUCCCAUUCCUCCUCUGGAUCAUCCAGAUGGUCAUUGGCAAACUUCAGACGGGCCUGGACAUGCGCUGGCUUGAGCAGGGGGACCUUGCGUGCGCUGCAGGAUUUUAAUCCAUGACGGCGUAGUGUGUUACUAAUGGUUUUCUUUGAGACUGUGGUCCCAGCUCUCUUCAGGUCAUUGACCAGGUCCUGCCGUGUAGUUCUGGGCUGAUCCCUCACCUUCCUCAUGAUCAUUGAUGCCUCACGAGGUGAGAUCUUGCAUGGAGCCCCAGACCGAGGGUGAUUGACCGUCAUCUUGAACUUCUUCCAUUUUCUAAUAAUUGCGCCAACAGUUGUUGCCUUCUCACCAAGCUGCUUGCCUAUUGUCCUGUAGCCCAUCCCAGCCUUGUGCAGGUAUACAAUUUUAACCCUGAUGUCCUUACACAGCGCUCUGGUCUUGGGCAUUGUGGAGAGGUUGGAGUCUGUUUGAUUGAGUGUGUGGACAGGUGUCUUUUAUACAGGUAACGAGUUCAAACAGGUGCAGUUAAUACAGGUAAUGAGUGGAGAACAGGAGGGCUUCUUAAAGAAAAACUAACAGGUCUGUGAGAGCCGGAAUUCUUACUGGUUGGUAGGUGAUCAAAUACUUAUGUCAUGCAAUAAAAUGCAAAUUAAUUACUUAAAAAUCAUACAAUGUGAUUUUCUGGAUUUUUUAGAUUCCGUCUCUCACAGUUGAAGUGUACCUAUGAUAAAAAGUACAGACCUCUACAUGCUUUGUAAGUAGGAAAACCUGCAAAAUCGGCAGUGUAUCAAAUACUUGUUCUCCCCACUGUAUGGGAAAGAUAACCCUCACACCCUCCGGGCACCUUGAUUGCCGUGAAGCUAUGACGAGGGAAGGGAACCAGGGUUCCGUGAUCCCAAUAGAACGUUCCAGUUCUAGGUUCCUCUUCGCCGUCUCGGAGGACGACAAGAACUGGAACAGCUGUCUCUUUGCCCAGCGGGCCGCCGCCCGGCUGAGGCAUCAUGGGAAAGAUAACUUUGAGGUUGUGACGUACCCCAGGGCGGGGCAUUUCCUGGAGGUGCCCUACAUGCCCCACUGUCCGUCAGGCUUCCACUCUGCGCUGGGUAAAGUGGUGGUGUUUGGGGGAGAGGCUAAAGCCCACCACGAGGCUCAGUUGGACCUGUGGAGGAGGGUCCAGGAGUUCUUCAGGAAACACCUGAAGGACAGCAGCAACACUGUCCAGAAAUCUAUGUUAUAA